GCUGGCCGCGGGCGAGGGCUCACAGCUGGCUUUUGCUCGGUGGCAAGCGCAGGUGCAAUUCGGACCGCCGAGCCCGCCCCGUGCACGAGGGGAGAGCAGAGGAGACAGGCGGGUUUGCGGACCAUGGAUGCGAUUCGCAGUUACCGGUCGGAUGACCACGAAGACUUCUACGCCGUACUGGGCUGCGAUGAGCUCUCGUCGGUUGAACAAAUCUUGGCAGAAUUUAAAGUCAGAGCUCUGGAAUGUCACCCUGACAAACACCCUGAAGACUCCAAAGCCGUGGAGACUUUUCAGAAACUGCAGAAGGCAAAGGAGAUUCUGACCAACAGAGAGAGCCGAGCCCGCUAUGACCACUGGCGAAGGAGCCAGAUGUCCAUGUCGUUCCAGCAGUGGGAAGCCCUGGCUGACUCGGUGAAAACGUCAAUGCACUGGGCUAUCAGAAGUAAAAAAGACUUGAUGCUGGAAGGAGCUGACCUGACUCAUGCCAACAAGAUUCACAACCAGGAACAGACUGAGCAAGGAGAACUAGAGAAAGAAGGCAUGCAUCCCCCCACAGAGGACAUGAUGCACAAAGAGCCGGAGUCCCUGGAGAAGGCCACCUCCCCACAGAUUCCACACUCUCCAAGUUUCUCUGAUUUGAACAGUUGGCAUCUUCGUUUCCGAUGGUCUGGUGAUGCCCCGUCAGACUUGCUGAGGAAGUUCAGAAACUAUGAAAUCUGAGGUGCUGCUGACCCUUGCCUGGGCUGCAGCCGCUUUGCCGGUCUUAAUGGCGUCAUGUUUGGGAAUGGUCAGUGCCGCCGAGUCCUCUGCCUUUUUCCCUUUCUCACGAUGUGCUUGCUGUUUUAUUCUCUGCUGCUCAUUGAACCUGUGGCCUUGUGUACUGACUGUACCUGAGCUGCAUUCCCGGCCCCUCAACGCUAUUGUUUAACUGAGCAGUUUUAGAAGCCUCAUUUCUUUCGGCAUUUGAAUAAAUUAAGGCUCUUAUGUCCUAGUACGGUGUAUUAAAUAUAUUUCCUGUUAGUGUUAUUUAUAGUUAUCCAUUAAAAAAUCAGUCUCUGUA